AUGGAUCUUGGUACAGAGAUUAAUGCUGAAGAGAUUAAUGCAGAACGUAGAUCUCGUUCGCCAGUUCAUAGACUGAAAGACAGCAUCAAUUCUUAUCUAUUUCCUACCUCACGCAGAAAUUCACCAGUUCCUAAUAAUGAAUCUGAACAGGAAAGUAAAGUGGACCAAUUAAGAACGUAUCUAGAGGAGCUGGGUCAUCCUUUGGAUACAUAUCAAAUAGAAAAACUUUUAGAACGAAAUGCAUGGGAUGUAAGGGAAGUGGCAGAAUAUUGUAGUGAUCUAAGGGAAGCUGAAGAAGGGAUAAUAGUAGAUAUACAGAAAGACAUAGUAAUGCUGGGGUGUGAAAACGACCGAGUGACUAGCUGUUACAUAGACAGUGUUUUAUUUGCAAUGUUUGCUCGAAUUCAAUCAUUUGAUGGUCUUCUUUUUGUGCAGGCAGAAGGGAUGAAUGCGCGAAGUUUACAAACACAAUUAAGAUUAUUUGUGAAUAGGCUUCGAUCAGGCAAAUUUAUGAGUGCUUAUAUUAUUAAGCAAUUGCGUGAAAAAUUAAUAAACUGCGGGUGGAUUGGUAAUGAUGAAGGUGGAAAUCCAACACAAGAGGAUGCUAGUGAAUUUUUUUUAUUUUUAUCUUGUCUUUAUGAACUUCCUUAUUUACCUCUUGGGAUGCAUUUAUUUCACGGAGCAAUUGCUGAUCCAAAUGAUGAACGUGUCAUCACUGAACGGUUGAUCCAGGUUGCUAUACCUGGUGAUCCAAUGGAUGAAAAGCCUGUUUCAUUGGAAGAAGCAUUAGUAAAUUAUUUUCAUGACAAUGUAAUUUCUGGAAUAAAACGAUCCUUUGAUAAUGAUUUUGAACAAUCAGAAGUUUCUGCUUGGCAAGUUUUAAAACUCUUGCCAUUCUAUUCUGCUAGUAAUGAGCAAGGUGAAAAGAUAAAUGCAGUUGAAUCACAUUUUCCUGCAACUAAUUUAAUAUUACCACUUGUACUUAAACGUUAUGGUUAUAAUGAUAAGUUGCAGCCAUUUCGAAUAAAGAAAAAUGUAUAUAUACCACCCUUUGUCAAUUUUAAUGCUUUCGUUAAUUCGGAUGCUGCGGAUGAUCCUCCAUGUCACUGUGGCAUCGAUAUUCAUUAUCGUUUAAAAUUAAGAUCAGUUGUUUGUCAUUAUGGAACCAAUCUAACAUCAGGGCAUUACAAAGGUUUUACUUUGGAUGAUGAGGAAGGAUGGUUCAGAUUGGACGAUCUUGAUUAUAAUGAAAGAGUGACCAAAUUUAAUUUCUUACAAGAAACGACCAUGUUAUUCAAUGAAUUCAGUCGUCAUGGUUAUUUAUUGUUUUAUGAAUUACAACGUGUGCAUCCAGGAUUAGUUGAUGAAGAAUUGGCAAUUGAACAUGAUUUUCAUGUGGCACAAAAUUUACAAUUUGUUGAAUUUGCCGAUGGAAAAAAUAAUUGUGUUUUACAAUAA